CAUAGUUGUCUGCCCGCAGAUGUGUGCUACCGGCUGCCGUCAGACGAAGAGGAAGUGCAAAAUAUUGCGCAUGCGUAAAUCCGUCAAUGAGUCUGGAAGCAAUACGAUACGAAUGUGGGCGUUUAGAAAUCUUGGAUCAGCUGAGGUUACCUUUCGAGAGCGUAUACGAGCCGAUAAAGACGGUUGGUGAGGGAUGGGAGGCAAUCAAGCGGAUGAAAGUGAGAGGGGCACCUGCUAUUGCAAUAGUCGGCACUCUGAGUAUGGCAGUGGAGCUGAAAUCGAAACAGUUCCAAUCGUCUGAAGAAGUUGUAGACUUUGUGACUUCAUCUUUUGAUUAUCUGAAAACCUCUCGACCGACGGCAGUCAAUCUCUCUGAAGCUGCAAACAGAUUUUCAUUACAAGCUAGAGAGUUGGCCGGUCAUCAUCCCGACGAUCCAGAAACUGUGAAAUCUCGACUUAUCACGGACAUUGAGUCGAUGCUUAAGAAAGAUGUCGCAGACAACAAAUCUAUUGGCGAACACGGAGCCAAUCACAUUGCAAGCAGUUUGGCUGGUUCUGAGAAGGCACGUGUACUCACUCACUGUAACACGGGGUCAUUGGCCUCAGCUGGUUAUGGCACAGCUUUGGGUGUCAUUCGUGCUCUACACGAGAAAGGCAUAUUGGAGCAUGCAUUUUGUACAGAAACACGGCCAUACAAUCAGGGCACCCGUCUCACUGCAUACGAACUCGUCUAUGAGAAAAUCCCGUCGACUCUUAUUGCUGACAGUAUGGCAGCUGCCUUGAUGAGAGAGAAAAAGCUCUCGGCCGUAGUUGUCGGUGCUGAUCGUGUGGUUGCCAAUGGCGACACGGCGAACAAGAUUGGUACAUAUCAACUAGCAGUUGCAGCAAACUAUCACAAAAUUCCGUUCUACGUUGCUGCACCGUUUACAACAAUCGACAUGUCGAGGGCAUCGGGAGCCGACAUCGUGAUCGAAGAACGACCAGCAGAAGAGCUGACAGCAAUUCAAGGUAUACGAAUUGCAGCACCAGGAAUCGAGUGUUGGAAUCCUGCGUUCGAUGUCACUCCUGCCGAGUUGAUUACGGGAGGUAUUAUCACUGAACGAGGAGUCUUCAUGCCCAACGAAUUACCUAGUCAGACUGUCUGAUACAAAUUUUUGAAAUUUUGAUUAAGUUCUGAUUUUCAAACACACAAGUUUGAUCAAACAAUUUAUUCAACAGUAACUGAGUCAAUAUGUAAAUUUAUUUGUAGCAUCAUGGUGUUACUUAUGUGUUUGUACUGGCUUAUUGUUUGGUUGGUUUUCGAGUUCUUGUAUUGCAAGUAUGCCAUUAC